CAAUAGACUUAUGCAGGGGCCUCUAAACAGAAUGUUGUGACAUCAUCUUGAUUUGAAAAACUCUGAACAAUGUCAUGAAAUUUGCAUUGUAUACUUUAUCCUAUGCUUAAUUUAUUCAACUGUGUAUUUAUUAGAGCAAACCAUUAAACACUUCAUCCUAUGCUUAAUUUAUUCAAUUGGAGUAUUUAUUAGAGCAAACCAUCUGGAUUAACCUUAGUUUUAUAGAACUUGUAUCUAAUUGCAGUGAAUACAACACUUGUUCACUUAUUUCUCUCUAUUGCUAUGACAUUAUUUGAGAAGUUGGAGUUUCUUCAAUUGAUCAUCAUUCUAGAAGUAUUUGUUGUCACUGCAAUCGGAAAUAAGUUGUCCUAAAACUACAUGAGAGGUUGCAGAUGUUGCCCUGCAUCAAUACAUUACUGUUCGUGUUAGUCAUUUGGAAACCAACAAAUGCUUGCUCCUUGGUAGAGCUCAGAGUCUCACCCAAGGGCCAAUUGCCAAAGCACCAGAACAGAGCAGCUAUAUCCUACCAGUUUGACUCCAAUUCCACAAUGUUAAGCUUUCUGGAAAGUAGUUGCUUGGUAAGCUGCUCAAAGUAAAAAAGUUAAUGAGAUGAUGGCCACAAAUGUAUGUAGAAACUGAUCAAAUUGACCAUUGGACUUUGGAAGAGAAGUUUGAGCCAACUGGUCAACUUGAUUUGAUAAUGAACAACUUGAGCCUAUUAAAGUAGGAAAUAGUCAGCAACUUGACAUCUCUACAAACACCUUGUGCACAAAUUCUUUCUUUUUCCUCUGCCUUAAUAUUUCCAAUUUCAUUUCCACUAGAAUUACAGAAGCAUCAUAGCUGGAGUGCUGGACUUCUAAUCAUGGUUUCCGAAAUAUUGCAAGUUUUAGAGUCUUCACAAUUGACGCAAUUCUCUUGUUUCUUUAUAAAAAACGCAAUAAAUCCUAGUAGUGCGAUAUAUUCUUCCACAAUACGCAAUAACUUCCAACUCAUAUCAUAUGAGUGUUAAUGCAAUAUUCGAAAGUGAUUUAUUUUUGCAAGAAAAAUAUUUAAAUUAAUUCUUACCAAAUCAUGUAAUAUUUCAAUUUUUUUUUAGAUGAAAAUUUUUUAAAUCAAUCUUUAUUAUGUCUGGCCUAUAAGACUCGGAUCCUGUUUUGUUAAUAUUAACAGAUUUAUAUAUAUAUAUAUUUCAGAAAAAAUAUAAAAACUAUAUAUUCUUAAAAAGAUGGCAACUAUUUAAGCUAUGAGAAGAUAUUGUAUGAUGCUUUGGCUUAAUUCCAAAUUAAAUUAACUUAAUAAUUCAUUUCCUGCAUCUAUCUAAUGUUAACCUGCCAGUCUUUCAAUUAUUGUUGGUCUCUUGAGGUUCCUGCAAUGGUCUCAGAACUUUAAGCUAUAAUGUUCUUUUGAUGCUAAAAAAAAAUUUAAUGGCUAAGACAAAUUCUUCAUUUUCUCCCACUUUCAGCCAUGGAAAGCAUGUGCUCUACCAACCUGAACCCAUCAUCAAUAAAUAGGCAGGCAUUUGGUCUGUUACAGUUAAUUCACUUGCAUUUGCAGCUUUUUUGUUCACCACCCAUUAAUUUCAAACUAUAUCUACAGCUAGUUUUGAGUUAGUUUCUGUCUAGGAACAUGGAAAUUAGAAAAGAGGAUGAAAUUGAAGACAUGUCACUUUCUCUUCCAACAAUGGGGUCUAUGCAAAUUGCAGGAAGCAAUGGAUUUGGUCACAACAUAGAGUUUAUGUCUCAAGCCUACCUCAGAAAUAGAUACUCAGAAAUUGACAUAGAAGCUGAUGGCUUGAAUAUGCAUAAAGAUCACCCUCUUCCCAUUUUUCUCAAGUUUGAAGAUGUGGUGUAUAGAGUGAGGAACAGCGCAGCUUCCUCUGCCAAUCCUGUGAAGGCAGUGGUUUCAAAGGUAGCCUCACAGCUGAACUUGGAGCAAGAUAAUUACAAGAAAAUCUUGAAGGGUAUAACGGGAAGCAUUGGCCCUGGUGAAAUUCUUGCUCUGAUGGGUCCUUCUGGUAGUGGUAAAACAACCUUGCUGAAGAUAAUAGGAGCAAGACUGACAGAUAAUGUUAAAGGAAGUAUCACUUACAAUGAUAUUCCUUAUAAUGCAGCCCUUAAAAGAAGGUUAAUCAACUUUAAAGACUAUUUUUUCUCUCAAACUUUAGGACUAUUUGUAAUUGUAUUGUACUUCAAUUUCAAGAACAAUUUGUGCAACAGGAUUGGAUUUGUCACACAGGAUGACGUGCUAUUCCCACAACUUACAGUGGAGGAGACUCUAGUUUUUGCUGCAUUUUUAAGACUUCCCGGCAACAUGAGUCGACAGCAGAAAUAUGCCAGAGUGGAGAUCAUUGUAAAGGAGCUAGGCCUUGAAAGAUGUCGCCACACGAGAAUUGGAGGAGGAUUCAUUAAGGGAAUAUCAGGAGGUGAAAGAAAAAGAACCAGCAUUGGCCAUGAAAUUCUAGUAGAUCCUUCAUUGUUGCUGCUUGAUGAACCAACCUCAGGCCUUGAUUCCACUUCAGCAAAUAGACUCCUUCAGGUCCUUCAAGGAUUAGCCAAGGCAGGAAGAACAAUAAUCACGACGAUCCAUCAGCCUUCGAGCAGAACGUUCCACAUGUUUGACAAGCUUCUGCUGAUAGCAGAAGGCUACCCUGUGUACUAUGGGAAGGCUAGAGAUUCUAUGGAAUAUUUUUCUUCUUUGAGAUUCAUUCCUGAUAUUGCCAUGAAUCCUGCGGAGUUUUUGCUUGAUUUAGCAACAGGACAAGUAAAUGACAUAAGUCUUCCUCAGGAUCUAUCAGCAGUUCCUGGGACUCCUGAUUCUGAUAAGGCAGUAAUCAAAUACCUGCAACUCAAAUACAAAACUCAGAUUGAGCCAAAAGAAAAGGAAGAUAAUCAUCGGCGUGCAAAGGCACCCAAGCAUCUCCAAAUGGCAAUUCAAGUCAAGAAAGAUUGGACAUUGAGCUGGAGUUCACAAUUUAUGAUACUGUUGAAAAGAACAUUCAGAGAAAGGCGUAGAGAUUAUUUCGACAAGUUAAGACUAGUUCAAGCUCUUGGUGUUGCAGUCUUAUUAGGCCUUCUUUGGUGGAAAUCCGAAACUGGAACUGAGGCACAACUCAGAGAUCAAGUUGGUCUAAUGUUCUACAUCUGCAUUUUCUGGACAUCCUCAUCGAUCUUCGGAGCAGUAUACGUGUUUCCAUUCGAGAAGAUCUAUUUAGUAAAAGAAAGGAAAGCAGACAUGUACAGAUUAAGUGUAUACUAUGUAUGCAGCACUCUGUGUGACAUGAUGGCUCAUGUGUUCUAUCCAAGCUUCUUCAUGAUCAUAGUGUACUUCAUGGCUGGCUUUAAGAGGACUAUCCCUUGCUUCUUCUUGACACUGUUCACCAUACUAUUGAUAGCAAUUACAAGCCAAGGGGCAGGAGAGCUGUUUGGAGCUGCAAGUUUGAGCAUCAAGAGAGCUGGGAUGUUUGCAUCUUUGAUUCUAAUGCUGUUUCUUCUCACUGGAGGUUACUAUGUCCAGCACAUACCAAAAUUUAUGCAGUGGUUGAAGUACUUAUCUUUCAUGUACUACGGGUUCAGGCUUCUGUUGAAAGUGCAAUAUGAUGGAGAUGAGUUAUAUGAAUGUGGAAGCAAAGGAGGGUGUCGGCCUCUGCAGAGUUCGCCGUCGUUCGACACGGUGAACUUGAAAGGUGGGUUGCAAGAAGUCUGGGUGCUACUAGCCAUGGCUUUAGGAUUCAGGAUAACUGCCUACUUUUGCCUUCGCAGGAGGAUUAAUGUCUGCCAUCUUUGAGUAAAGAAUAUACAUAUAUAUAUACACACCUUUUGCAAUAAAUGUGGGUUGCACAGAAGUAAACAAGUCAUUUUCAUGAUCCCAAAUCCAUCUGUUCAAAAAACAAUCAUCACAAAUUUAGCAAUUUUUGUUAGUAAUUAGCAUUAAUUUAUUGGUAUUAGGGUUAUUUUUAUCAACAAAAAUACAGAUCCGAUUAAAAUCAAAUUACUCAGCAUAUUUUGAUUUCAGAAUUAAUUAAGUUGAUUUUUUUUUUUAUAAAUCCUUGAUUCCAAAAAAAUAAUAAAUUUAUGAACAUGUUUUUUGAUUGUCAUCAUAUCACCAAAGAGAAUCUGAAUUCCCACUAAUCUCUUUAUCUUAAUCCCAAAAUCUAAAGUUAAACAUAUUCUAAAUUUAGUAAAAAAGGUGUUGGAAAAAAAAAGAAAACAAGACUCCAAUAUAUAGGAAAUAUGUUUCAAAGGGAGAGAAUCUACUGCCCUGGAAUGGCCUGGCUUGCCGUGGGAAAGCAAAUACAAAAACGAAAAUUAUGACGACAACUUGUCAUAAUCCCUGACGACAAAAGAAGAUAUCCACAUGUGGAAUCCUGCUUUACCAUUAGAAUUUUCUUUCAUUAGUCCCACUACCCUUCACUUUCUUGCUAAAUCUAAAAUUCAAGUGCCAAAAUUUUUAUGAAAAUUAAAAUUUAUUGAUAAA